AACAUAUAAGUUGGAACUCAAGUUUAAUUAUUUAUCGAACUUAAAAUUGAGUUCAACUGGAGACAAGUAUAAUCAAAUGGUAGAUAAAACUCGUUAUUGGUUGGGUUUGAUCAUCCGGGAGGAUAAGAUUGCUGUGGUGGUUGGGACUGUAAGUGAUGAUGUUCGUGUACAUGAAGUUCCAGCACUGAAGGUUGCUGCACUGAGGCUCGCAGAGACGGUGAGGGCAAGGAUUGAGAAGGCUGGUGGAGAGUGCUUGACUUAUUGAUCAACUUGCUCUUCGAGCUCCUCUGGGUCAGAGCACGGGUCUCCUCCGCGGUCCCAAGAAUGCUUGUGUCGUGAGCCUGUAAAGCACUUCGGACCUGCUCCUGGUGUUCCUCAUAGCCAUGCCAAGCCAUAUGUACGAUCAAAGGGAAGGAAAUUUGAGAGAGCUAGGGGAAGAAGGAAUAGCAGAGGCUUCAGGGAAUGAAUUAUCAACUAUAUU